AUGCUGAAACUCGAUCCAUCAAUUUAUGUUACAGUACUCAUCGAUCUGGUUGUCACGGAACAGUUCAGGCCGCCAUGGAUACAUGCGGAUAACAGCGUCAAUAAAACAAUUAAAUCAUACUACGACCAUACUGUUAUUCUUGUUAACAAUUAUCAUUUAACAAAUAAUUUCUCCAUUAUACAACAAAUGCUGCCGCCAGGAACAGAUGAUCUUGUUAACAAUUAUCAUUUAACAAAUAAUUUCUCCAUUAUACAACAAAUGCUGCCGCCAGGAACAGAUGAUCUAACACUGAUAAAGUAUGCGCAGCUGUAUGAAGCAGGAUGGCUAUAUGCGCGUGUUGCACGUCAGGCUUAUGAACUGAAGAACAAUAUUAGCAUUCUUGAUCAAGCUACUGCGCUAAUCGACAUGCUCAGAGAUAGUCAUUCCGAUGGUAUCAAUUCUUUGUCUUCUGACUAA